AGAUGAGUCUUUUCAACUGGGUUUAUCUGUCGCUGCAGGAGUCUGAGAGAAACGCUGAGCUUGAUGGGAACUACAGCAUCAAGCCAAAGGAGGAUCUGGACUCACAUCUCCACUCCAGCAUCAUCAGCAGCUUCACUCACGAGCGCACGGAGACUCUGUGUAGCCAUUUAUAUAAGGACUCGUCUCCCUACGGCUCGUUAAACAACAUCGUCAAGGGCCUGAGUUUACUGACGGACAGCUUUUCUGACCUCUCUCUGACCUCUGAACCCAGAAAGCCCUGCAAGAAACCUCCGCCCAACUACCUGUGCCACCUGUGCUUCAAUAAAGGCCACUACAUCAAAGACUGUCCGCAGGCUCGUCCUAAAGGAGAGGGUCUGACGCCGUAUCAGGGGAAGAAGAGGUGGUUCGGCGAGUACAAGUGUCCCAAAUGCAAGAGGAAGUGGAUGAGUGGAAACUCUUGGGCCAACAUGGGUCAGGAGUGCAUCAAAUGCCACAUCAACGUCUAUCCUCACAAACAGCGUCCUCUGGAGAAACCCGACGGUCUGGACGUAUCGGACCAGAGCAAAGAACAUCCUCAGCAUCUGUGUGAGAAGUGUAAGGUGCUCGGAUACUACUGCCGUCGCGUUCAGUGACCUCUGACCCCCGAAGACCCCCGUCACGCCAGCAUCGCAGUGUUCACCGAUUCCUCACCGAC